GACAACUUCGAGCAUGCUUCGCAAGUGCUUAGCCCUCGUCUUCGCCCUCGUGGCCGCCACAGCGAUGGCGCAAACCACGCCGACCACCGCGCCUGCGACCACCGCGGCUGCGACGACGGCGCCCGGCACUCUUCCGCCUGGGGUCUUCACUGCGGCGCCGACGCCCUUUGUCACGUUGAGCCAGUGCCAAGCCUGCGCCAGCCAGGGCCAGUGCGGCGGCGCCUACAAGGGCCUUCCCGGCAAGUACUGCGGCGACUGGCUCUCGAGCGGCAUCCGGCAGGUGUGCUGCUGCCCGUCGGCCGCCACGUGUGCGAUCCCCUCCAAGAAAGACAAGUGCGACUGCAUCGACCCGGCCAAGGUCAAGACGCACUCUGGCAUGCCGUACUGGGCCUGGAUCCUCAUCGCGGUCGGCGCCUUCAUUCUCUGCGCGGCCGUCUGCUACUGCUUCUGCCGCUCCGCUCAGGACGAGCCCGCCGUGUACGUCCAGGAGCCCAUGUAUGUCAACCAGUACGGCCAGCCCGUCAUGGUCAACGGAAACUACGCCACCGCCGGCGGCUACGGCCCCGGCUACGGCGGCGGCUACGGCGACGGCGGCCUCGCUGCUGGCGUUGCUGUCGGUGCGACGGCUGGUCUCGUCGGCGGUCUCGCGCUCGGCGCUGCCAUGGACGCGGGCCACGGCUACGGUGGUGGCGGCGGUGGCUACGUGGACAACGGCGCUACGUUUGGCGGCGACUUUUAAACCCCCCAAUGCAUUGAACUAUUUCUGUCGUC